AUGCAGCUGGUCGCCCUGGCGGGCAAGGUGGAGAGAGUGGAAAAGGGCCUUCUAGCCAAGGGCAAGAAGACGUCCAAGCCGGGCCCAGCCUCGUACAAGAACAAGGCAACGAAAACGAAGCUUAAGCCUAACAUUCAGGUGCGCCCCAAGAGACAAGAACCUCCACCGACCUCGAUCUGCGGGUCGGACACGGAGAUCGAGGUGAACGUGGUGGACUCGGAUCGUAGCACGAGUUCCAGUUCCAGUGACGUGAUUACCUUGGGGAAUAAAAAGCUCAAGGAAGAGAAGAGGCUGCUAAGGGAGACACUUGACCCUAAAGUAUGCCCUUGUAACACCACUCCGGUCUGGGAGUUGGUGAAACAAAUGGAGUGCAUGUCUGCGGACCAAAUUGGCGCAGAAAUACUAAACAACAUAAAUGCUGUUGACAGGGUUGCCGGAGGAUCUAAAAAUCUGAAAGGAACCUUCGUCAAGCUGCUACGAGCGAGCACAAAUAACCUCAGAGCCGCAAUGAAGGCGCUCAUUUCUAAGGCCGCGAUACCGGCAGAAAGGAAAGAGGCAGCAGAAAUGGAGAGGCUCAAAGAGAGAAUCAAGAGCCUAGAGGAGACGGUAACGGAUCUCAACGCAAAAUUGCGUCAACAACAAAAGAAAGAUGAGAAUCGUACACAUGAGGUUGAGAACAAGUCCAGCUUUAAGUUCAGACCUGUGACAAAUUGGGAAGAACUUACAAUGGGGGAAAUGGGUACCACAGCCCAAGAUCCGAGAGAGACCGAGAUGAAAACGGACGAGCUCCCGGUCCUGAGACCCAUACUAAGGGGUACAAGGAAACGUCUCGAAGAACCGCCGACAAGUGUGAUUAUGGAGGACGUCCGGCGAGUUAUGGAAGGGGUAUCCAUCAGUUCGAUGGUAGUUGGUAGCCCACAAGAGGUGAAAAACAACUUGGCAAAUCUGGUAUCAAGAUGCCAGGGUGCAAUGGCCAGGAUCCCGGCCAAAGGUGAUGAAAACAGGAACAGACAACUAGUUCCGAAUAAGGCAUCUGACCACAAAGGAAAAGCGCUCCCGACCAUAACGAGUAUGGUGGUGGUCAAAGAGACAGCGAGGGGAAGCAGCAAAACAAGGCAAGGGAAAGUUACUCAAGCGAAGGCUCCUGCUAAUGCAGGAAAAGGAAGGCAGACUGAAAAGAGGUCGGAGCCUGAAAAACCAAGGUACACGAGUAUAACCCCGGCCGGCACGCGGGCGACGGUACAGCCACGACAACAACAGCCCAAGACAGACCCACCGCUAGGAAAAGAAGAUCAGAGAUCCUGGACGGAAGUGGUCCGAGGGGGAAGAAGAAAGGCAGAAAAAGCGAAAGCUAAAGCUGCCUCGCAAGCCAAAAGAACUGACACGAGCCAGAAUAAAGAAACAGGGAUAGCAGCAAACAGCGCUGCGAAGAAAAACGGAGAGAACAAAACGCGGCAGAAUACAGGUCCAGCACCCCGGAACAACGGGAUAAGGAAAGCUCCUAGGACCGCCGCGGUCUCUUUGACAUUCCCGCAAGGAGAAUACGAGGAGGGAAUGAGGAAAAUAAAGUCUAAGAUCAACCUAGACGAGAUUGGAAUCGAGGAAUUAAGACCCAGGAGGGCUCUUACGGGUGCCUUGAUUCUGGAAAUACCUGGAGAGAACGCCCAUGUUAAAGCAGACACCCUGGUAAAUCGGAUCAGGGAGGUAGUGGGCGACGCUCAGGGUGUAAGGGUAACACAUCCUGUCAAACUGGCUGAAGUCAGAAUAAAGGAUUUGGAUGACUCCAUCACCCAAAGCGAGAUAAGGGAAAUGGUAGAGAAAGUGGGACGGUGCUCGUCCCACGAAAUUAAAGUGGGCCCGAUAAGAGCGGCUGCAAACAGGUUGGGAACGGCCUGGAUUCAAUGCCCACUCGAGGCGGCCAAACGAGUGACAGAAACCAGCCGUAUAAGAAUCGGAUGGAUUUCUGCGCGAGUAGAACUACUAAGCGCUAGGCCACUUGUCUGUUUCCGUUGUUUGGAAAGAGGACAUGUCCGGGCGCAAUGUAGAAAAAAGACGGACCGCAGCAACACAUGCUAUCGGUGCGGAGUGGAGGGACACAAGUCCAAUAACUGCACGGCCAAACCGAAGUGUAUUGUAUGCAGCUCUAGGGGACUCCCGGAUGCACACAAGGCGGGAGGAGCAGCCUGCCCACCUGUAUCGAAAAGUGCGGCCAGGAAGAAGAAGCAAGAGGAGAAGAGAAAACCCCCAGUGAUGCCAAAUAAGAAGUCUGCAGAGAAAGAGGCUAAAACUGAUGGCAAUCUAAUAGACUUAGAUAUGGAGGUCGAGGAAGAGAAAACAGACUCAUUGACGUGGGACCACACGGACACGCCAGCUGAGCUGAGAACGAAGGUCUCCGACGGAUGCGAGUGGACCCAAACUGGGGAUGAAGCGAUGCACAUAGAGGCGAAUCUCAACCACGCCCGCCAGGCGCAGGACUUAUUCUUGCAUACCCUGGCAGAGCGUGGUUGCGGUUUGGGGGUUGUGGCCGAACCCUUCCGAGUUCUAAACCACCCGGGUUGGGCGGGCAGCGCGGAUGGGUCUGUAGCCAUAAUCUGGAGAAGGACAGGAAAAAGACACGUUCCCUGUUCAAAACUCAGAGAAGGAAACGGCUGGGUCCUGGUUGAGUGCGGUCCAAUUAAAGUAAUGGGCGUGUACUUAAGAUCCAGUCUAAGCAGGCUCGAGUUCGAAGAUAAAUUGGACGAACUCGAGCGAGAAAUAAGAGGAGUGCUCCCCGGGCCAGUUCUGGUCGCUGGGGACUUCAACGCUAAGUCCCCAGCAAAUUGGGGUUCCCGGCGACCAGACAUUAGAGGAGUAGAAGUUGUUACUUGGGCUGCGCGCUUAGGUUUAGAACUUGAGAAUAGAGGACAAGUGAGUACGUGCGUGAGGCCACAAGGCGAAUCAAUUGUGGACCUCACGUGGUCCUCGCCAGCAGCAGCGGGAUGGGUGGAGGCCUGGAGGGUCGUGGAAGAGGCGGAAACCUUAUCCGACCAUCUCCUCAUAGAGAUGGCAGUCACCCGUCCAAACGCGAGUAGGGAGGAGGACGUCCAACAGCGCGUGAGAUGGGCGAUCAACAAGAUCGAUCCUGACAAACUGAUGGCAUCGUUAGCAGCAGCCACGUGGACGCAGACGUCCCGCCGGUGGGACGUCGAAGAUGAAGCCAAAUGGUUUAAAGACACGCUGACUCGGGCAUGCGAUUUCGCUAUGCCCAGAGUCAAAUUUAUUCCUCGAAAGGCCGCCUUUUGGUGGUCUGAGGAGAUUAACAGACUGAGACGUAAGUCCGUACAAGACAGGCGGGCAGUGCAAAGGGCAAGGAGACGGGCGACUACGUCCCGUGAGGAACUUGAAGCACUGCUCACAGCAUACAGGGAGAGUCGUGAAGCCCUGAAAAAAGCGAUAAGAAGGGCGAAAGAUCAGGCGUGGAACGAACUCCUAAAUACGUUGGACGAGGACCCGUGGGGGCGCCCCUAUAAAAUCGCCAUGAAGAAGUUGGCGAGUGGGGCGCCACCAACAGUGGAAUCCUUGGAAGUAGGGUUCCUAGAUGAGGUGGAGCCUCAAGAUCAACAAGAGUGGCAAGAGGAUAUGAACGUUACAAAGGAAGAAGUCACGAGAGCGGCCAGGAAACUCAAGGCUAGGAAAGCCCCCGGUCCUGACGGGGUGCCUGGUGCUGCCUGGAAAAUGGCCCUGGGUGAAUUAAUGGUCAGGGUAACGACCCUUCAUACAGCCUGUAUGAAGGAGAGAAAGUUUCCGGAGAUGUGGAAACAGUCCAACCUCGUAUUGAUACCAAAAGAGGGCAAGCCGGCUGAUACCCCAAGCGGAUACAGGCCAAUCUGUUUGCUAGACGAGGCGGGCAAGACACUCGAACGUGUUAUUGCUGCCCGCCUCGUCUGGCAUAUGGAUAAUGUAGGACCAAAUUUGUCGGAUAGACAAUUUGGCUUUCGAGAAGGUCGAUCCACUAUCGACGCAAUUAGAGCAAUGGAGACCUUCGGAUUCCCGCAAUACCUAAGGGGACUGGUGGAGGACUACCUUAAAAACAGACAAAUUGCCUGUUUGGAUAGGGAAGGUAGAUGCCGCAGCUGGGCGGCAGGAUGCGGUGUCCCGCAGGGGUCGGUCUUAGGACCACUCCUGUGGGACAUCGCAUACAAUGAGGUAUUGGACACGGCCCUACCCGCCGGCAGCACAUUGGUGUGCUAUGCGGAUGACACGCUGGUGCUGUCCGGUGGGGUGGACUGGGCGGAGGCUACUGAUAAGGUUAAUCUGGCGAUAGCUUGUACUGUCAGGGCCUUUGACUAUACAGGACCAGGCAAAGUGGAGGCAACUAGCAGUCCAUGA